AUAAACUUGGAGGGAGCAAUAUCCUUAUAUCCCCUAUUCGAUCAUCUUCCAUUUCCAGCAACUUUCUUCAACUUCCACUAUCACUCCAAAAUUACCCAGAAAAAAUGCUGACAUCUUCUGUUUUUCGCACUUCAAUCACCUCAAUUUCACUAGUUACAUCAACAAAUUCCAAAUCAAAAUCCUCAAAAUCAAACUCAAUCAAAACUUCUUCAAUUAAAUUCCGAAUUCGCGCCACCCUAAAUCAACAACAAACCACUCAAUCUCCAAUUAAAGAUUGUGACGAUGGAGAAAGUUCCAAACCUAGGGUUUUGCUCAACAGUCUUAGGGUUUUAGAGUGGGAUAAGGUUUCCGACGCCGUUUCUUCCUUCGCCGGCACUUCUCUUGGUCGUGUUGCUGCUAAGGAACAAUUGUUGUCGCUUGAUCAGACGUAUGAGGAGAGCUUGAUGUUGCUAAGAGAGACGAAUGCGGCAGUUGAAAUUCGCAAGCACAGUGAUUCGUCCAUGGAUUUUACACCCAUUGAUGUUAUACUGGUGAGGUCCGCUAUAGACCAUGCCCGGAGAUCCUCACCAGUGGCUGGACAAGAAGCUAUUGCUGUUGCAGUUUUGCUACAGAUGGCAGAGGCUCUGCAGACUAACAUCAAAGCGGCAAUCAGGGAAAAUGCUGAUAUGCUUGAUCGUUUCAUGCCGUUGGCUGAUCUGAUUUUGGACUGGGUCACCAACAAAUCACUAGUAAGGUCAAUACUACAAGUCAUCGAUGAAGAUGGCUCUGUCAAAGACUCAGCGAGUGGAAAACUUAAACAGGCACGCUGGCGAGUUUUGAACCUUGAAAGCAAGUUAAACCAGCUGAUGAACAAUCUGAUUGCAAAUGAAACAAAUGAGACGAGUUCCCUGGAAGCAAGUAAUGUUGACGGGAGAUGGUGUAUCAGAUCAGGGGCACGUCAACUGACAAGUUUUAAGGGUUUAUUGCUCUCAAGUGGAGCUGGCAUGGGAAAUAUUAUAGAGCCGGUCUCUGCUGUGCAGCUGAAUGAUGAAUUAAUGGAAGCGAAGGCAUCAGUAGUUGAUGCAGAGGCUGAAGUUCUUUUGGAUAUAACAGAAAAGAUUAAACUGGACCUGGAUGACAUUGAUAAACUGUUGAAGAGUGUAAUUGCACUUGAUGUUGUAAAUGCUAGAGCUAGUUAUGGCCUCUCAUUAGAAGGAACCUGUCCUGAGUUAGUUCUACUUGAUGAUGAGAAUACACCUUCAUCUUCAGAAGGCUACUUGACUAACAGUAAUUCUGUUAAACUUGUUUACCCUACUAAGAAGCAAUGGAAGUUGUGUCUGCCUAAAGCAUAUCAUCCUAUUUUACUUCAAAGACACCGGCAUAGUCUGCGGGAAGCCAAGAAGGAUGUUGCUAAUGCUAUUGCUGAAUUUCGGAGAAGAAAACUUGGAACAAAUUUUGGCCAGCAAGAAGUCACACAAGUAGAUAUUGAAGUACUACAAGAGAAGGUUACUCAACUGGAAGAGGCUCGCCCAGUUCCAGCUGAUAUAAUGAUUGCUAAGCAUACACGAGUUCUUCUUAUAACUGGGCCUAAUACAGGCGGUAAAACCAUUUGCUUGAAAGCAGUUGGAUUGGCUGCCAUGAUGGCUAAGGCAGGUCUGUAUGUUUUAUGUGCUGAACCAGCACGGAUCCCAUGGUUUGAUUCUGUUUUCGCCGAUAUUGGUGACGAACAGUCUUUGUCUCAAUCUUUAUCAACUUUCUCUGGACAUCUUAGACAAAUUAGUGACAUACAAGCUAGAUCUACCAAUCAAUCGCUGGUGCUCUUGGAUGAAAUUGGUGCUGGCACUAAUCCUUUAGAGGGAGCAGCACUUGGCAUGUCUAUUCUUGAGUCAUUUGCUGAAGCUGGUGCUUUACUAACCAUAGCCACAACACAUCAUGGUGAACUUAAAACUCUCAAGUACAGCAAUGACGCGUUUGAGAAUGCGUGCACGGAAUUUGAUGAAGUUAACUUAAAGCCAACUUACAAGAUUCUUUGGGGAGUUCCAGGACGUUCAAAUGCUAUCAAUAUAGCUGAAAGGCUUGGGCUUCCUAAAGUUAUUGUAUAUAAUGCUCGUGAACUAUAUGGAGCGGCCAGUGCAGAGAUAGAUGAGGUCAUAUAUGAUUUGGAGAAGUUCAAGCUAAAUGUUGAAGAAUAUAUAGACGAAGCACAACAUUAUGUGAGGCUUUCCCGAGAUCUUCAUGAGAAAGUACAGCAUGUACAGAGGAAUCUUGACGAGCAUAGUUCUGAUUUGAAAUAUAAAAUGAUGCAACAAAUAUCAGAGUUUGCAUCUACAGCACGUUCAAGUGUUCACAAGAAGAUGCGUCAGUAUCGGGCAUCUGCUCAUAAGAGUCCACUUCCUGCAGAAACCAUCUCGCAUCCAGCUAGUACACUGAUUAACAAGCAGCAUCCUACAACAGAUGCUAAUGCUCUCGUCCCAGAAACUGGAAGUGCAUCUUCUGUUGAGGAAGUCAAACCAUCACCAUCAGGUCCAGAUAAAAAAAUUAGAAUCCCAAAGGUUGGUGAUAGUGUGCAAGUUCCUUCCCUUGGAACAAAGGCAACGGUUCUUAAGGUGGAACCUUCCAAAAAAGAGAUAAUAGUGCAAGCUGGUAACCUCAAGUUGAAGUUGAAAAUAUCUGCCAUUAAGUCCUGACUGGUAAAAAUUGCUGUGUCACUUGCAAAACUGGCAGUGAAUGUAAUAUACUCUCCUGUUUUGUAACUUUCAUGACAAUGUCAGAAAAAGAAUUGCCGAGAAAGGUUGAAUCCCUUGUUUUCUGUAGAUAGAAAUUGUUAGUACUAUACUGUACAUAAAUGAAGUAGCUUGAGGGCAUGAAGUAUUUCACUUCAGCCCUCUGUUUUGUAUAUGGAUAACGUCCUUUUUCCUUGCUUUAUUCAAUUUUUUUUUUUUU